GCUUGGGUGCUUUUGUUGCUUAACUCCGUCUCUUCUCUUUUUUUCAGCUUCCUCCGACCUCCCUGGGAGGAAAGUGUUUCACGUAGGUACUGAUGGACUUGCAGCUGAGGGACCCUCGAAUCUUAAAGUGCAGUAUGUUGCAACUGCUGCUCAGAUACCCAAAUGGUGUCAACUUUGGGAAUUUCAUUGGAGCUUUUUACCAGGUCCAUCGCUAUCAUCCCCAGUUCUCUCGUUAUGGGUAUAGUUCACUCAGACACUUCCUGGAUGACAUGAAGGAAGCUGUGGUUAUAGAAGGCAAUUCAUGUAACCCAGUCAUGAAGCUAGCAAAUGGCUUUAACCUUAAUGGCUGGAUGGAUGAAAAUGAGAAGUAUGGACUGGACAGCUUUGAAAAGGAAGAUCCAGUGCUGAAGGAUGAUGGAAGAGGAGGAGAAGGAGAAGGAGAAGGAGAAGAAGAAGAAGAAGAAACAGCAGCAGCAAUAGCUCUGGCAGAAGUCUUGGCAGCAGUUACCAGUCUCCUAAAGAAACAUGAGUGGGGUUUGCAGAUUAAGAAAAUUCAGAAAUUCUUGCUUGCCACACAUGGAAUUAAUCUGGAGAUGUUCAGUGUCAGCAAAGGCUACAAGGACAUCCUGACAUUUUUGGAAAACCAGAUACCUAACCUAAACAUCAAAUAUCCAGAGAAGGCUCGCAGAUGUGUUGUUCAACUUUCUGAAGACUUAACAGUUGCUUCGGUGCCAAUUUGUGGCAUCCUCCAAAUAUAUCCUAAUGGCUUGAAGGUGAAGAAGCUAAAAGAGGCAGUAAAGAAGAAAUGUGGAUAUGACCUGGAGGUGUUUUGCUCUCAGCUUGGCUAUGAGGACAUGGUUUCCUGCCUGCAGAAGAUUCCUAAACUGAUAAUAAACAAAAGCAAAAAAGCAGAUUGUGUUGUUCGACUUGAGUCAGGUUCCUCCACUCCUGCUUCCUCUCUGGAUGGUGAUUUUUCUGAUAACAGUGCAAGCACUCUCUCCAAGAAGCUGGUGAUGAAGAAGACUGAUCUGACAGCUGCUUUGGUGCCAGUCCUAGAUGUUCUCAGUGGAUAUCCCUGUGGUAUGAAUCUGAGUACCCUGAAGGAAAAGUUGGAAAAGAAGCAUGGAUUUGACUUGGAGGCUUUCAGCCAAAAAGCAGGCUGCAAUGAUGUGAUAACAUGUUUGUUGACUCUGCCAGGACUUCAUUUGUCUUUCUGGAAUGGGGAGCAACCCCACGAGUGUAUCAUUAUGCUUCUUUCAAGUGGCCAUGCUGUUCCUCACUUGCCACAUAGUUCUGAAAUCUUUUUGGAUAAACACCAUUCAUCCAAUGGAUCAAACCUUUCUCAAGAGCUGGUGGAAACAAAGCCAAGUGAUACUUCCUUUAGCUACUCUUCAUCCCAGUUCAACCAUUCUCUCUCUUUUGAGUCAGAACACUCUGCCUGCACAUCAAAAAAUUCAAAUCAAGAUGAAUCAGAAAAAAAGCCUGCACUGAGAGGAGUCAUGGCAUCGCUCACUGCCCUCUUAACCCAGUAUAAGAGUGGCCUAAGAGUUAAGAAAGUGCAAGAAUUCUUGCUGGCGGUAGAAGGAAUUGAUCUUGAGAAGUUCAGCAUUGCCCAAGGCCACAAAGACACAGUGGAAUUUUUGGAGCAACAGAUGCCUAAACUGAAGUUGAAAUACCGACAGGACAGAAUUAAUAGUGUUGUUGAACUUAAAUCAGGAAAAAAGAAAAAGAAGAGGCCUUGUACAGUUAAUCCAGUGAACACACAUGCUCCCAUUCCACUUCUGGAAUCCACAGGAACAGCUGAUCCACUAAACUCUGCACCAGGCUUAGAAGACAUCUCUAAACCUGCUUUGGCUAUCAGUGAUCCCUCUGCAAGUGACUCUCAGCAUCAAAGCCUACCUGCUCCAAUUGCUGUAGUGCACCCUGAAGUAAACAACUUGUUUCACACCAACAAGCCUGUUCCAUCUGCCACCACACCAAAUGUCUCAUUAUUUCAGGAGCCCAACAAUGCUUUAUCAGUCAAAGCCAAGAGAACCUCUCUUUCCCCUUCCAGUGUUCUGCCAGAUCACCCAAACACAUACCAGUUUGUUGCAGAAUCACUCACUGAAGAGAUACCCAGCAAUUCACAUUUAACCACUUUCCAACCUUCUGUUGUCCUGGAUGAACUGAAGCAGCAAGUGGCCCACAUUCUGGCCAUGCAUCCAGAGGGUAUGUCUCUCUUCCAGUUCCGUGCUGCCUACAGUGCUACCUUUGAGAAGCACUUCCCAGUGGGGGACGCUGCUUCUGCCAAGCAACGUCUACUUGAGAUGCCAGACAUUGUUUAUCUGAAGGGCCAUGGUGUUCAGGUGUUGCUGUUGCCUGUAUCCUCUGACAUCUCACCUGUAAAAUCAGGUCAGACUGCCUCUUCCAAAGUGGAGAACGUUACGGUGGUUUCUAGCCUUGCUUUGGUCAAACCUCUACCUCUGACUAAGUCUAAUCUAAAAACCCUUCAAUCCCAUUCCAUUUGGACACCACCUUUGGAAUCCCUUGGAAAGUCAGGAGGGAUGGAUUCCUGCACCCCUAAGGACCUAUCCCUAAGAGCGCCUUCAGCCCCAUGGCAAGAACAAGAGAAGGCCAGAACAAGCUUCACAGACCUUUCAGAUCAGCUUCAUUUGUCAAAAAUACAAGAGGUUCCAGUGUUCCCUGGCCACUCUUUGCCUAAAAGUGAACCUCCAGUAGUCCCACAAUCUUACCCAAAGCCUGCUGUUCCCGAGGCUGUCAUGAUGCCUGUACCUAAGCCCCGUCGUUCCCUCUUGAAAUCUUCUGCAUCUGUCGGAGCACCAGAAAAUAAAGGGAAUAAGCCAUGCCCUGAGCUUCAUCCCCAGGAUGUCCCAAGUUCAGUUAAUACUGUGCAAAAAAACAUGACCAAUCUCAAGCUAACAAAGAUCCACCUCACUCCGCAUUCCUCUGCAGCUUUACCUAUACAUUCUCAAGACGCUGUAUGUGAUGAGAAUUUGCAGCCAGGUAUUCUUAAGUCCAGACCUGCAUCUCUCGCUAAUUCAUGGAUGUCUGACAACACUGUUCCGUCUCCUUCCAGUUUUGUAACAUGGCAGGAGCCAGUAGAUUGUUCUCCUACCCCGUUGUAUCCAGGAAACUCAGUUCUAUCAGUUGACCCAGCACCAGUUCCACCAGUUUCUGUGAAUCUUUCUGGAAUUCACCUUCCAAAGAAUACAUCACAGAGCUCCUAUUGUGCCCAAUCUAUGCUUCCAGUUCAACCACUGUCUCCCAUCCUGAGUACAGAACAAAGGAACUGUAAUCACACUCUUGCCGAAUUGGAUCCCUUUUCUCAAGUACAGAAACAAUCCACCGCCCUGCAGCAUUCCUUGAGCUCAGUUCCUGACUCCUCUACAAAGAGGCAUUCUGUUUCUUCAUUGGCUACAAAUUCAGCAAGCUUCUUUCCUUCCAGAUCCCAACCAGAUCACCAAGUACAACAGCAUACCCAUGCAAAGCUAGAUGAUCUGCAACCCAUUUCUGUUUCUUUAGCAGAUAAGAGCCCCAUCAAAACUUCUUUGGGCACAGUAUCUUCUGCAGCCAUAUAUCAGAAAAAAUCCGCUUAUGUGAAUCCUCUUGAAACCACCUCAACCAGAGAAUCAUUCAGUACCUGUUCUAUCGAUGAAUCUCUGCAGUCUUUGCAUGCUUUAUCUGCAGUCACCAAUAAUUCCAGGGCUUUGUCGUCUGUAUCCUCCUUAAGGACAAAAGCAGUAAGUCCAGCUUCUUCCCCAUUAGAAUCUACCAGCAACUCAUCCGAUCGGUUUGCCUAUGCUUCUGCUAAGAUCACCAGUGAUUCCAGUUCUUUGUCUUCUGAGACUCAUGCUUUCACUCAGCAGAGACAGUAUGCCAGGGCAACUGCUACUGGAGUCUCAAACAGAAAAGCAUCAAGCGCAACUUCUUCACUGCCAGAAUCCACCACCAGUUCAUCCCACCAGUUUGCAUAUGAUUCCACCAGGAUCACCACUCAUUCCAGUGCUCUAUCUUCUGAGGCUUAUGCCUUCGCACAUCAGAGACAGAACGUGCAGGCGAGUGCUCCUGUAAUUGCCUCAAGCACAAAGACAGCCAGCUCCAUUUCUUCUCUAGACUCUACCACCGACCUAUCUGCCCAGUAUGCCUGUGCUUCUGCUAAGACCACCAGUAGUUCCAAUGUUUUGUCUUCUGAGGCAUAUGCUUUCACACAUCAGAGACAAUAUAGCAGCGCAACUGCUUCAGCAGUCUCUUCAAGGACAAGAUCAAGAAGCAGAACACCUUCCCCUUUAAAAUAUACCUCCUAUCGUUCAUCCAGUACUGGUUUCAAUACUAGUUUAACCCAUGCUCCUCCUAGUCAGAAUAACUUCAUAUCCUCACUUUCUGAACAAGGGGACAGUUCUUCUGCCUCUCUGCAGGAAAAGGAAAUGCCUUACUACUCUGUUCCCCAGAAUAGUCCUUCCAAAAGCUAUGAUAAAUGUUUCAUCCUGUAAUAGCUAGCCUUAAAGUGGUCCAUAUGAAAACAUCUCCACGUGGAGACUUUUUUCAAGGAAAGGGAUGAAGAAUGACCUCUUGAAUGUGCUGAACGAGUGCAUUCAGAGUCUACCCUUGUGCUGAGCCAACCAGUGACCACUGUUAAGUGUCAAAUUCAGAGAAUUCUGUAUGGUGCUUAUAUAUUGCAGUCCAAAAAAGAAUUGCAGUGAUGGUCCCUGAACCAUUUUAUGUUGCAGUUUUUCCUAAGACUGCUGCCAAUUCUGAAGGAUAAAAUAGGCAUGGAGAAAGAGCAUGUGAAGAGACAGAGAAUUUAAAUCUGAAGUUGACUAAGGUAGACUUGGUUGACUAGUGGGAUCAGUAUGCAUAUACUGUGCUGAAAUAACAGGGUAGCGUGUUAAGAGUAUCGUAAUUAAACCACUUUUCACCCAUAAAAAGAGCUGUCCCUACACACAGUGAAAUAGCUACCUCAAAUGGCACAUAAUACGGAGCUGCAGUUCAGUAAUAGAGGAAAGAACGAUGGCUGCUAUUACAGCCAUUUUAGUGCCCUCUAGCUUAUUUGCUGGCUUUUGGUGUGAUAGAGAACCAUUCAACCAAUGUCAGCUGAUUCAUUUUCUGC